AUGGCUGCUCACGAGGACGCUCAAAAGUCCUCGUCGAUACCUUCCACGCCGCAGUCAUUCCUGUACUACGAGACAGACAGUCCGUUUCCUCAAUCAAAUAGCGAGGAAGCAUGGCCCAAUAGCAAACGUCGUCGCACUCAGAGGACGUCCAGUGAAACGCAGUUCAUUCACAUGAAUGGAUACAAAAGCGACAGCCAGGUUGGCACGCGAUUCAACAACACAUAUGUGGAAUCGUAUUCAGAUUCCAAGACAUUUGAAAACGGCCAGAACAAGCCAGCUGAUGCAGCGUCGACUGAGGAGGACGCCCCAGUGGUUGAAAGCACCUCUAAGGUCAAUAAUGAAGACCCUUCUGAACCGGCCCCAACCAAGUCCACCCGCAGCAGUCGCAAGCCGACAGAACGAUCUACAGAGACUUCCUCACGAGUUCUGAAGGUCAAGUCGGGAACGGGGUCAUCGCAGCAAACGAACAUCCAGACCUUUAUCUUUAAAACAAAACUAGACCCUCGUCUUGCCUAUAGAGACCGUUCCGACGAGCCCGCAACCCCAUCAUCAUCCACGAAUGAAAACAUGGAGGUUAAGCUUGAAAGCGCUCCUCCUGCUGCCGAUACCGAGAUUGCCACUGCCACUACUACUGCUGCUACUGCUACUGAACCACCUGCAAAAGCUACCCGCAAGACUCGCAAGUCAGAGGCAAACAUGCUUAAAUUCAAGAGCUACACGCCAAACGCCACACCUAUCUUGCGCAAUAAUGGGCGCAAGCCUUCGCGACAAGAGCAGUUUGUAGAUGUCGACUCACCAUCACUCACACAACGAUCACCUACAAGUACUGUCGAUGACUACGAUCAUCCUUCGUUCGAAAGGGGUCCUGAACAGGAGAAACAGAAAAGCCCUGAGAAAACCAGUCAGUUCGAAACUCCAUCUAGAGGCCAUACCAUGGCAGACACCAUUGAAUCCAAUUCCACACAACGUCGAAGCACCAGAAUCCGUAAGCCUGUGAACACUACCAUGUUGCUGGGUGAGACACCUAGGAAACAAAAAUCUUCCAAAGAAGCUGCAUCCACACCAGCCACGCAGUCGGCGGCCAAAUCCGCUGCAAUCAAUGGAUCCGACCAUGUAUCUCAUGCAUCCCCUUCUACACCUGUUCCAGAGACCGGUAUGUUAUUUCAUGGCUCUAGAGAUGACAUGUAUUCUGAGAGAUUUGGCACACCUCCUUCUCCUGAGGGUUUGUCCGCAAAUACACGCACGUCAGGCCGCCUGCGAAAACCAACAAUUAAAGCCAUUGAAGCCUUACAGUCAAAACCAAGGAGCCGGAAGCGGCUUCGAGAUUCGGAUCAGUUUGUGUCUGUGGCUGAGCUUUCUACAACCCAGGGCAAAUCCACACCAGAACCUCCCAGUAUUGCAAACGCUGCCUCGGCUGUGUCGAUGUCCCGUAGUACUAGUGACGUCGGCAGCGAGGCAUUGUCUUUUCUUAUCGAGGAUGCCGACGUUCUUGGUCGACAGCUAUACGCCUUGGCAUCUAGCGCACUUAAAGAUCUGAAAUCUCAACCGGACAAUGAUCAGGCAAAGAUAGACGAGUGGCGAGAAGCUUUCAACCAGAGAAAGAGCCAGGAAGUCUCGGUAGCUGUAGCUACAGCUACAACGGCAACUGCGAAUGAGGAAGAAGAAGAAAAUAUCGCAGUUCCAGCUCCAGUUCCGGCCCCAGAAAUCGUUCAGAACAUUGAGCAUAUCAACCUCCCUGGCGAGAUUAACGACGAAUUUCCUCUCGACCAUCCUGAUAAGCCUCGCCCUUGGACUGAAGAAGAUGGCUGGACGCAUACCGGUCGAGUGAACAAGUAUGGCGAGGAAUAUUGUCUUGCGCCCGCUGGUAAAUACCAAUGGGUGAAACAUGCGUCAAAUUACCGCACGCCUGUUGGACCUAUUCCCACGCCACCGCCCAUGAUCAAGUCAGUGGAUGAAAUCCGACGUGAUAACAUCUAUGGGUUCCCGCCUAGUCCGGGGACUCGCAAUUUGUAUCAGAGGCAUCCUGGACAAGUAUGGAGACAUGAAAAGGUGGACGGACUAGUUGGCAGCGGCAGUCUUGGAUUGGCUGACACCUCAGGAGCGGGCGAUGCCAUGAAUAGCGACGAACCUGGGCGGAAAACAAGAUACAUCCACCGCAAGGGGUUACCUCGAUUCAAGCGUCCUCUCAAGAUAGUAUUCGUUGAUUCCUCGAAACUCAAAGUAGAGCCUGCAGCAGCAUCUGAUAAAUCCGCGCUACGCAAGCGACGUCAGAGCGCACCAGCUUCAGGCGAAGCUAACAAACCCAAGUCUGCAAAUAAAACAGCCGGCACCCCUGGCAGCAGGAAACGCUCGUUGGACAUGACCGGCUUGAAUUCUGCUGGAAACACCGAUCAAGCUCAGCAUCAGCAGCGCAAGAAACGACAAUCAACGACCAAAACUGAUGACGGCAAGACAACGCCUGCGCGUCAGAAGCGCCAUUCUACCACUAUCACGUUUACCAACCUCAAAGGCGAAGGCCAGCCGACAACACCGGCAACGGCCACUGGCAGUGGUGGCCAUAGCUUAAAAGCAACCCCAAAAGCACACAGCUUAGGAACUCGUAUGGCCCACACAGAGAAACUGGCCAGUAAGCAUUACAGCGGGGAUGUAACUGCUGCUGCUGCUCAUGAAGUGGCAGCGACAACACCUGCAACGACAAUAUCUGGGCGCGCUCGACGACGGACUAUGGGAGUAUUGAAGCCGGGCGAGUCGUGA